UUUAAAUAUUUUUGAACAAAUUUAUAUUAAAGGCGGAAAAAUGAAAAGUUUCCACAAAACCCAUUUUUCAAAUCGGAUCUUGCUUCUUUCGAUUAUUUUAGCCCUAGCUUCAAGAUUGAGCUCAGCACAAACGAUUGUAGCUUCGACAACAUGUACAGACCCUCAGUAUUAUAAUUCAGUGUCUCUUCAAUGAGAAAGCUGUCCAACAAAUUUUUUAAAAUCGCCAGAUGGGCUUUCAUGAUAUUGUCCUCAAACUUUCAGGAAAGUACCUAUAACAACAACACAGACAACCGCGACUUAUCCAUACACCUGAGAAGCUUGACCCAGUGGUCAAGUUGCAAAUUUAAUCCAAGAUGCUUGCUUAGCUUGCCCAGGAGGAGAUUGAACAUGAGGGAAUGGCUCAUACAUGCAAGAAACAAGUGCUACUGGUGACCUUAGAUGAAGGAUAUGUCCCAAAGGAUACUAUUCUCCAGCUACGACAGUCACAACAACCUCAUAUUACUGUGAUAAAUGCCCAUUAGAUGAUCAAACUUACAAUACAGGCACUUCAGCUUGUGAAUGCCCAGCUGGUACUUCUUCUCAGUCUACCUUCUGUGCUCCAAAUGAUUACGGAACUAUCACUGCUGACUACAAUCCCUCCACCUCUACCGGAGUGAUAUACGAUCCUGUUGAGACUGGAAGUGGAACAAACUCAGUGACACUUCCUUCAUCAAAUACUUUUGAGUACCUUCUUCCAGAAGCUCUUUACAGGUGUUUGAAGUAUUUUGAUAGAAAACAAUGCAACAUUCUUGCUAACCUCUGUGUUUACUCAAUGUACAGAGAAAAUUACGGUGCAUGUUUAGCCCACAGAAAUAUGCUGGAGUAUACCAACUUAACUACUAGAGAUGAUUUCUAUGACUCUGACUGGAAAUCCCAAACUCCUUGGCUUUAUUAUUCAGAAACAGCCCCACAAAUUAUUGAGAAAGCAAACAGAGUCCAAGGCAAAGCAAGAUUUCAGACUUCUUCAGAGACAAGACUUGGGCUUUUGAGAUUUGUGCUAGGGACUUAUAAUUUAGAGGGAGAUUUCUUAGGAUUCCAAGAUUUGGGGACACAACUCCAGCUAUGUCCUGCUGAUUACCAGGACAGUAUCGAUUAUAGAAGAUUUGGAACAUCAGUCACCGCUCAUUGUUCAUUCAAUGUUUCGAAGUUGAUUGAUUCGUCAAUUCAGCCAAACAACACUGAUGUUUUCUAUGAUCUUUGGCUAAAAGAUACGGAUGGAGACUACAUUGAUGUCCCAGUCAAAAUUAACAACUACAUUGAUUCUAAUAAUGGCAGGCCUAAUCAAAAAUCUGAUAGAUCAAGCUGGAAGCUUACAAGAAGAUUCUUCCUCUAUGACACCAAGUCAGGACUUACUGGAACAGAUGCAUACAAGAAUGGAGUUCUAUAUGGAACUUAUAUAAGAUGGGUAGACAAGGUCAAGAUGAUUAUUGAGCUUAAUACCGACGGAAAUGACCAGAUCUUCGUCCCCUACGUUGAACUUGAGUAUAGAGCUAAGGCUCUCACAUUUAUUCCUGAUAGUCGAACAACUGAUGUUUCCUACGAAGUUGAAUAUACUAUGAAUCCUUCAGAUUUCUGGAUAGUAGCCUGGAUCUUCUUUGGAAUUAUUCAUAUUUUCAUCUUCAUUUCUACCAUAUGGAAGACUUAUUUGUGGUAUAACAGACAUCCUAAGAGCUUAAUGGGGUCAGUUUACACAUACAAAUUCUUACUGAACGUCGUGCAGUUCUUUUUAGAGUCAUGGAGUACUAUUCAGUUCUGCUUCUUGUUUGCUUUAUCAGCAUCAUUUUAUGCUUUCUUUAAAAUGGACGAAGCUGCUUUUCUUGUGAUGCCUCAUGAUACAGGCAACAACCUUCUCCCGUUCGCAAUAAUAUUUGGAAUGGUCUUUGUGAUCAAAAUAAUUGUGAUAAUUGCAAAAAUUGUUAGACAGAGUGCCUGCUCAUUUUAUGUUCUUGAUAGAGAAAAGAAUAUGGCCAGUCUGAGUCAUACUUUAGCAAAUGCUUUACAGAAAAAGACUUCAGAAGAUAGAGAUAUCUAUGAAAGAGAGUUUAAAGAGUAUGAAGAACCUAAAGCAUGGAGACCUAUAUUUGUCAUGAAUGAACUUAAUGAGCUUCUCUCUUCAACAGUCAUCCCUGUAGAACUGGUCUUGAUCUGGGUAGGGUUCAUCAUGGUUGGUGAAGGAUGGCAAUAUGGUGCUUUAUAUGAUCCAAAUGUGAACCGUUCUGAUUCAAGGAAUCCAACAAGUUAUAUUCUGAUGUUCUUCUUAUUUACAGUUACAAUCUUUCUCACAGCUGUUGUAAUUGUUGCUGUAAGAUAUGCUGUAUCCUUCCUAUUUCCUCUUCAUUACAUGGAUUUUGUUGAUCUUUGCUCAGUUGCAAAUGUGUCUCUGUUUAUAUUUGAUGAGAAGUUCCACGGAUAUUACAUUCAUGGCGAGUCUCCUGCCAAUUCUUCAGAUGUUACAUUAGAUACUUUGAAGAAAGCAUUAGAUUCUGAAGGUCAAGGACUUGCUAAGCAAAGAGGCCUAAUUCAGAACAAUCCCAAUUGCCAGACAUUCGAAUUUUAUCUUCCAUAUGGAGAAAGGAAAUUGUUUGACGAAGUUUUUGAUGAAAGCAAAGAAAAACUCUCUCAAAGAAAAAGAUCUUCCAAUCAAUACAAGAAUACUCCAAAAGUUGACUUUAUCUAUAAAUCAGGAGACAUAGGAAUGUCUGAACAAGACUUCAGAGAAAUUGUCUCAAAGAAGGACGAAAUGGACUUUUAUUUAGUAAGACAGAUCAUUGAUGCUAGAAAUAAUCCGAAAGAAUACAUCAAUGAAGUGACAUUCUUGUAUAACUUCUUCAAGCUACCUCCUGAGGCCAUCUCAACUCUCAACCAUUUCAAGCUGAUCCCUGAUAAGUUGAUGAACUUCACACGAGUGCUUUUCCUACAGUUUGAUUGGGACAUACUUUGGCUGAUGGUUUGCUCUUUCACAUUUCUAGAUGCUCUCGGUCUUGACGUGACACAUUCCAUAAUUAUCUUCUAUGUGAUUUAUAAAUUUGGCCUUAAAUGGCUCAGAGCAGAACUUGGAGAAAACAAUCUGUCUAAGACAUCAGGAAUAGACAGUAGAUUCUUGAUUUAA